CUCCCCGCCCCGAGCCCCACCCGGCUCAGACCGCUCCGCACCCGACUGCGAGUACAGGCCGCUUCGUGGGCGCCUUGGAUCCCCGCGGGACCCCCGCCUAGCCCACCCGCUCGCUCAGCCGCCAGCGCGCCCGGUCGACAACUCUCCACUUGUGCAUCUCUCCCUGCGAGCCCAGCAGGCAGCACGUAGCCGCCAUGUUCAGCUGGCUGAAACGGGGUGGGGCUCGGGGCCAGCAGCCCGAGGCCAUCCGCACUGUGACCUCAGCCCUCAAGGAGCUGUACCGCACAAAGCUGCUGCCCCUCGAGGAGCACUACCGCUUUGGGGCCUUCCACUCGCCAGCCCUGGAGGACGCCGACUUCGAUGGCAAGCCCAUGGUGCUGGUGGCUGGCCAGUACAGCACGGGCAAAACCAGCUUUAUCCAGUACCUGCUGGAGCAGGAGGUGCCCGGCUCCCGCGUGGGGCCAGAACCCACCACCGACUGCUUUGUGGCUGUCAUGCAUGGUGACACUGAGGGCACUGUGCCUGGCAAUGCCCUUGUCGUUGAUCCAGACAAGCCCUUCCGCAAGCUCAACCCCUUUGGGAACACCUUCCUGAACAGGUUCAUGUGUGCCCAGCUUCCCAAUCAGGUCCUGGAGAGCAUCAGUAUCAUCGACACCCCAGGCAUCCUAUCUGGUGCCAAACAGAGAGUGAGCCGAGGCUACGACUUCCCAGCCGUGCUGCGCUGGUUUGCGGAGCGCGUGGAUCUUAUCAUCUUACUCUUUGAUGCACACAAGCUGGAAAUCUCUGACGAGUUCUCCGAGGCCAUCAACGCCCUGCGGGGCCAUGAGGACAAGAUCCGAGUGGUGCUCAACAAGGCCGACAUGGUGGAGACGCAGCAGCUGAUGCGGGUCUACGGGGCGCUCAUGUGGGCGCUGGGCAAGGUGGUGGGCACGCCCGAGGUUUUGCGAGUCUACAUCGGCUCCUUCUGGUCUCAGCCCCUUCUUGUGCCGGACAACAGGCGCCUCUUUGAGCUGGAGGAGCAGGACCUCUUCCGGGACAUCCAGGGCCUGCCUCGCCACGCUGCCCUGCGCAAGCUCAAUGACCUGGUGAAGAGGGCGAGGCUGGUGCGGGUUCAUGCCUACAUCAUCAGCUACCUGAAGAAGGAGAUGCCUUCUGUGUUUGGGAAGGAGAAUAAGAAGAAACAGCUGAUCCUUAAACUGCCUGUCAUCUUUGCUAAGAUUCAGCUGGAGCACCACAUAUCUCCUGGGGAUUUUCCUGAUUGCCAAAAGAUGCAGGAGAUGCUGAUGGCGCAUGACUUCACCAAGUUCCACUCACUGAAGCCGAAGCUGCUGGAAUCGCUGGAUGAGAUGCUGACGCACGACAUUGCCAAGCUCAUGCCCCUGCUGCGGCAGGAGGAGCUGGAGAGCACCGAGGCGGGUGUGCAGGGCGGUGCUUUUGAGGGUACCCACAUGGGCCCAUUUGUGGAGCGGGGUCCUGACGAGGCCCUGGAGGAUGGUGAGGAGGGCUCGGAUGAUGAAACUGAGUGGGUGGUGACCAAGGACAAGUCCAAAUACGACGAGAUCUUCUAUAACCUGGCACCUGCUGAUGGCAAGCUGAGUGGCUCCAAGGCCAAGACCUGGAUGGUGGGUACCAAGCUCCCCAACUCAGUGCUGGGGCGCAUCUGGAAGCUGAGCGAUGUUGACCGUGACGGCAUGCUGGAUGACGAGGAGUUCGCCCUGGCCAGCCACCUCAUUGAGGCCAAGCUCGAGGGCCACGGGCUGCCUGCCAACUUGCCCCGUCGCCUUGUGCCACCCUCCAAGCGGCGCCACAAGGGCUCUGCGGAGUGAGCCAGCCCUAUCGAGGGCAUUUCCUCCCACUUGCCCCUUUGUGGCUCCCUCAGCUACAUGCAUGCCUCUGCUCUGGCUCACGCACACCCUACCUGCUCACCCUACCCAGCUGUAAGGACAGGGGUUUCCCUUCCUGCUACUGCCACACUCCAAUUGAAGCGUUUAGUGGGGGGGGGCAAGGCUUCGCACCUCUGACCUCUCAGGCACAUCAUGCCAACACUGAUACACACACACACACACACGCAUCUAUCCAUUCAUCAUGUCUUCAGAUAUUUAUUAAGCACCUACUAUGUGCCUAGCCCUGUUCUGAGCACUGGGGAUGCAGCAGAGAACAAAACUGAUAUGGUUGUGCCCUUGUGGAGCUGUCAUUCUCAGAAGGGGGCACUGACAAAGUCAUACAAACACACACUGAUCCUGGGCAGGUCCCCUUGCCCCACUUCCUCCUGCCCAAGCCCAUCACAUCCUCAGGUCUUGGGACCAUUGAGGGCUCAGAAAGGAGACAUAACCUCCUACUUCCUCAAAUGGACCCCUCUUCAGACCCCACCUCUGGGAAAGCCCCCUAAUUCUGGCUACACCCAUUUCUUUGCCAGGGAUCCUGUAGCAGGCAGGAGUGCCCCUUCCUCCAUCUUAUUCCAUCCUUGCUCCUCAGGGAUUGAGUCUGUUUGGAGGUGUUUCUGUCCUGGGCCACUUGUCUGGACUGAAGGGGCCACGUGUCUGGAUUGAAGCACCCAGCCGCCUCCCCCCCUCCCAGCUGGUGGUCCUCUCCACCAGCCAUUAGUCCAUAUUUAAGUGGAGCCUCUGUCAGAUAUGAAGGCCCCAGGGCUUUAUUUUAGACCCCUUUCCAGGGCUGUAAUGGGGGAGGGGGUGUUCCUGGUGCUAUAGCCCCCACCCCAUCCCUAAAGAGAUGCCCCAUGCCUUUUCCUGCCUUCACCACCCCCUGGCUGGGGGCCUCAUGGAAAAGAUAGGGAAGAGCAGAAGGAUGGAGACAAUACCUCUCCCUGGGAUUCCCACGUCCACCACCGACCCACCCCAUGCCUGGGAGAGGCCUGUGAAUGGCACAGUCCCCACGGAGCGAAUAAAGCCAAGGCUUCUUCUGU